CUACCUAACCAGGUCCCCAAGGAACAGACCGGCGGCUUCUCCGUGUCUGCCAUUGCCCAGCACUUCUGGCUCUGGGCCCUAGGACUCUUCUCUACUGAGCGUCACUUAGCGAGGCGUCUCAAGCACAACAGCUUUUACCCCUUCCAGCAGCAGCAGCCGGAUGUCUUUGUGCUAGAGUACUUCCUGGACACGCUCUGGAAGGGGAUGCUGCUCUUCAUCUUCUGCCUUGUCUUGGUCUGCACUGGUACCCUGAAACAGGUCAGAGGUCCUGCACCCCACCCCAUAGCUCUCUGCGUGAGAGCCACACAGGAACCUCCUGCCAGAACUCACCUCCCUAUUAAUCCUUGGUGCCCACAGGUGGAGAAGCAGGAGACCUGGUGCUUUCCUGCCUAUGGCAUGGCUAUAGGCCUGUGGCUCAUGAUCUCCUCAUUGCCCCGGCGCCGCCUAGUGCUGAACCACACCCGUGGCAUGUACCAUUUCUCCAUCAGUGGCCGAACUGUAUGUCAGGGGCCAAUGCAUCUGGUCUACGUGCGCCUGACACUCAGCUCUGAUGCCUAUGGCAGGUGCUUCUUCCAGCUGGUCCUUUGUGGCCACAAGUUAGAGCCUCUUGUUCUGGUGCAGCUGUCAGAGCGCUAUGAGCAAAUGGAAUUCCUGGGCCGGCACAUUGCCCGGAAACUCAACAUCAACUACUUUGACUACCUGGCUGCCUCCUACCGUCAUGUGGUCCGCCACUGGCCGCUGGGGGCGACCUUUAACCCUGGCAUUGUGCAUCGAAAAGCACAAGCCUACGCGAAGUCAAGUGUCACCGACCUGGAUGUUUAACCCUAGGGCCUGAACCCCAACCUCCUUUUCCCUACACUGUCCUCAUCCCCGUCCUGGAGGGACGGCCAGCCAGCCCCACCUACUAUCCUUCCUCUUACUAAAGCUGCUUCAAUCUCCAGCCAGGUGGUUCUCUGUUUGUUUGUUUGUUUGUUUGUUUUUGAGGGGGCUUCCUUUAAGGGUCUUCCCCUAGCACAACCUUCCAGGGCCUAAGAAUCCCAUCUUCUCCAGCCUCUGGAGCAAACCCCACAGUUUGGGUUAGAAGAAGCGAGGAGAGUAUCAUGUAACCAGGCCUCUGAGUAUCUGAACUCAUCACUUGGCUUAGGACUUCCUGUCCCUCUUAGCCAGCAAGGCUGAAUUGGGGCUAACCAAUGAAGCUCGGCAGUCAGAAUAUGAUUGGUCUGUUUGACUUAAGCACCUGCCCCUAGUCCAGCCAGCAGUGAUAUGGGGCAGAGUCAGAUGAUAUGCCCUGGGCCUUCUGGCAUAAAUGGGACUCCAUACCCCAAUGUUGCUUAUGCACACUUGGCUUCCAGAGUCCUCAGCCAAGCUGCCAGGCCCACCAUGGCAUAUGCUUUGUGUCUCUGAUGAGUGUCCUUGUCUGGCAGAACAUUCUAGCUCCUACGCUAGUACCUGAGGCCUCCUGGUGCCUGGGGCUGCCAUGGGAACAGAGGACCACUGUCCACCUGGGUCUGUGGUCAACAUGUUGGCAUGCGUCCCUGGUACCAGGACUAGCUACAUAGUUAGUAGAGCCACAAGAUGAAGAUAUGGAGCCUUGCCUGGUGCACGCCUUUAAUCCCAGCACUUGAGAGGCAGAGGCAGGUGGAUCUGUCUCUGAGUUUGAGGCCAGCCUGGUCUACAGAGCAAGUUCCAGGACAGCCAAGGCUACACAUAGAAACACUGUCUCAAAAAAACAAAAACAAGGGGCUGGAGUGAUGGCUCAAUGGUUAAGAGCACCAACUGCUCUACCAGAGGACCCGGGUUCAAUUCCCAGCACCCACAUGGCAGCUAACAACUGUCUGUAACUCUAAGAUCUGACACCCUCACACAGACAUACAUGCAUACACCAAUGCACAUAAAAUAAAGAUAAAUAAAAUAAUAAUAAUAAUGAAAAGAAACCAAACCAACCCCCCCCCAAAAAAAAAGAAAAAGAGAAAGAAAAGAAGGAAGGAAAUAUGGAGUCUUCAUUAAAACGUUGUUACACCUAUAAUCUCAGCUUUGGGUGGAUAGAACCAGGAAGAUCAGAAGUUCAUGGUCAUCCUCUGAUACAUUGUGCGUCCCAAGCCAGCUUUGGGCUACAGAGACCCUGUCUCAACAAUUAAAAUUACUAAGGGGUUAGGCAGAGUGGAACACCUUUAAUUGUAGCACCCAGGAGGUGGAGACCAGAAGUUUGAUAGUAUGAAGGUAAUAAGAUACUGUAUUGGAAAAAAAAGUUUAAUGAGGGAUCUGGAGUGUAGGAUGAAGCUCACACGUGCAAGGCAUGGGUUUCAUCAAUCCGUUGGGACAAAAAAAAAAAAAAAAGGAAAAAGAGAGGAAGAGGGAUGGGGAGGAAGGGAUGAUGGACAGAAAACAUCCUUGGAAAAUUCCAAAUUGUUAGUCACGCCAAUGGAAAAUGGCUGGGAAGUUCAAUGAGACGCCCUGUGAGCAAGAGAAGGACAAGUAGAAGCACUAAGGUUUCAAGAACUGCAAAGAAAAGUCGACUGAGGUCACUGCUUGAAGGAUUUACUGGGUAGGUAGGGCCUGGGAAGCAAAGGCACUUCUGUGAGGCCCAGGGUUUCUGGCCUGGGCACGGGGGCUGGUGACCAGGAUCGGAGUAAGAGUUCUAAAGGGAGUUAGGCCUGAAGUUGCUGGGCAGAAUCACUCAGUUUUUAUUUAUUUUACAGAUCUGAGGCUUGAACCCAGGGACUCAUGGGUGCUAGGCAGAUGAUGUCCCACUGAGCUGUACUUUUAUCCCUGCAUGGGAAGGUUUUUUUGUUUUUUUUUUUUAAACAGAAAGGCAUGGGGAGAAGGAAGGAGCUGCAUUCACAGGUCUGCAUCUCUAUCAGUUACCUGUUGCUGGGACCAAAUUCCUGAGAAGAAUCAGCCUAAGGGAAGAAAUGUUUAUAUCGUCUCAUGGGUGAUGGGAUCUGCCUUGUUUUGGUGGGGAAGGCAUAGAAAGCCAGAGCAUAGAGGAGCUGAUCUCAUUUGUAUCCAGUCGGGAAGCAGGGAGAGAAGAAUAUUGGUGCUCUGCUCACUUUCUCCUUUAUAUACAAUCCAGUAUGCUAGCUAGCCCACAAGAUGUUGCUACCCACAUUUAAGGUGGGGCUCACAGACAUACAUAGCAGUUUUUUCCCCCGUAGUGCUUCUAAGUUCAGUCAAGUUGACAAAAUUGACCACCACAUUUUCCCGAUGUGUCUACAAAGCCAAGGCCCCGGGUAAGAUGUGUCUGGCAGUUCAGUAGGGGUAGUAGAUGAGAAGGUGUACAGGGAUGUCAAUCUGGUAUCUGACACAGAGGCAGAGGAAGAGCCUCAGAGACUGGGAACUGGGAAUGGGAGGAGAGGGAACCUAUGUUAUGUAAGAUGGGGACUUGACUUCAGAGAAGGGGCUCACUAGCUCUGUACAAGUGGGGAGAGGGAGGGUAAUAGUGGAACUCUAGGUAGAGAAAGAGAAGGCAGCCUACAAGAUGUAGGUCUCAUUUGAGUACAUUUAAGGCAUAUUGGGGGGCUGGAGAUGAGGAUCAGUGGUUAAAAGAACAUACUGCUCUUAGAGAGGACCCAACAUUAGUUUCUAGCACCCACAUGAAGUGGGGUCACAACUGCCUGCAAUUCUAGUUCCAAGGAAUCUAGCACCCUCUUUUCUCUGUGGGCACCUGUACUCACAAGGGGGUACACCACACACAUACACACACACACACAACCACACAUUUUUAAAAGAAUAGUAGUGUAUAUAUAUUACUGUUCCAAAAGAUUUAUUUUGAAGCAGGUGAUUGGAUAUUUGUAAGAACCAUGUUCUUGGAUGGGCAGAAAAGGAAGAUGAUUAGGGCUACAAGUAUGAUUGGGAGCAGGGUGUACUCCACCUAUGUAGCUGAAUAAUUCAUGGAGCUAUACUAGCUAGGAACUUGGUUGGGGCCACAAUGUCCAAGAUGACCUGCCAUUAUGCAGGACGCUUUUCCAAGUAGCAUCUAAUCAUUCAGGAGGUCCCCUAGAUGUUGGCUUUCAGAGAGGCUAUAAUAAGAGAGCAGACCCUGGAAGGCACCUGUUUCAACAUAUGUCUAAAUGUGUUACAUGUUGAUGCCUCCAUGGACAGAAGUUACGCAAGAAAGUAGCGGUGGUGGCACACGCCUUUAAUCCCAGCACUCGGGAGGCAGAGACAGGUGGAUCUCUGUGAGUUCGAGGCCAGCCUGCUCUACAGAUCGAGAUCCAGGACAGGCUCCAAAGCUACACAAAGAAACCCUGACUUGAAAAACAAAACAAACCAACCAACCAACAACAACCAAAAAAAAGCCAUCACUGUGUGGAGGAGUUGGAUGACCCUUAGGAGGUAGGAAGAGCAGGGCUGUAAGUGUAAGCAGUCCAACAGAGUACACCCUCUAGGUCUCCCCUGCAAGAUACAGACUCCUUCCAGAACCCUUGAGGUCUCAUGUCAUUGAGCCCUCCACUCAGGUUGAAGUCCAGAGUCUGAGCAUCUAUGUUAGGUGCAGAAACACACGAGGGUCCUCAGGCACAGUCGUCCCUUGGGGUUGUCAGGUGCAGAGUCCUGAGAAUUAAAAACCCAGCCCCCACGCCAUGUACAUUAAUGACAAAGAGAUGGACUGUCUUCAGUAGAUACUGCUAUGGAGACAGCCUGGAAUGUGGGCUGUAUACAGCUUCCAAAGUAGGGUAUAGAAGAGGGAACUGGACAGUGGACCACCUAGACAGAUAGCACUUUAAAUCAUGUGUGUCAUAUACCAUCGCUAGACUUCAGUAAGAAGACUGGGUCACCCUCAUCUACAGACAACUGCAGACCAAUGUCAACUUAAGAAAGGUAUGGUGGCCCAUGCAUGGGAUCUCAGUGCUUGAGCAAUUUGAGUCUCUCAAGUUCUGGGCCUGCCUGGACUACAUAACGAGCCCAGUUGAAGUAUCCUACGAAAUAUUCCGUUUUACAAAAUUGGACAUCAUUCCUUAAAAAAAAAAAAAAGCCACAGAGAGCAAGGAAAGGCUAAGUGCAUCACAGACCCCAAGGGACCACAAGGGAUGCCUAAAUGUAGUGCAUCACCUUGAAUGAGCUGGCACCGGGAACAGAAAGGGGACGCUAGUGAGGAAAUCGGUAACUCCGAUGUGUCAUCAGUGUUGGGUUUCUUAGUUUUGACACAUUAAUCAUAGAAAUGUAACAUAUUGACCCGGCCUGAAGGUGUGCACUUUAAUCCCUGCAUUUAGGAGGCUGGCUUUAAUAAACAAAGUUAGCCAGGUGUGGUGGGGCAGGCCUUUGAUCCUAGGGAGGCAGAAGCUGGAGAACCUCUUCUGAAUUUGAAGUCAACCUGGUUUACAUGUCGAAUUCCAGGCCAGCCAGGUUACAUAGUGAUACCAUGUCUCAUAGAAAAUGAGAGGGGCUGGGUUACAUAUUGGGACCAGGAAUGUAGUUCAGUGGUAUAGCAUUUAUUUACUCAGCAUGUACAAGGUCCUUGGUUUGAACCCCAGCACUGAAAAAAAAUUGUAGGAGCAGCAGCAGACACCCUGCUGUCCUGAAGUAGGGCCUUGCUCUAGAACCUUACACUGCUCCAGUUGCUUCUUCUUUCUUCUCUCUUCUUUCUCCUCCUCCUUUUUGGUUUUUCCAGACAGGGUUUCUCUGUGUAGCUUUGCACCUUUCCUGGAUCUCGCUCCAUAGACCAGGCUGGCCUCGAACUCACAAAAAUCUGCCUGGCUCUGCCUCUUGAGUGCUGGGAUUAAAGGCGUGCGCCAACACUGCCUGGCUUGGCUCUGUUCUUUUAACCAUCCUUAUUCUUGGCUUGCUUUGUCUGUACCGACAAAAAAACGUUGAAGCUUGAGGGUCUCUUUUUGUUUUGAAUGGUCUAGCUCAUUUAGUCCAAGUCAGUAUGACUCCUCUAAACACCAUGUAGGUUUUCAACUGUUUAGAUUUGUUAUUAGGCAAGGUUCACACCCAGGAAUCUCCUCAAGGUGGCCUCUAGGACAAAGUAUUGUGGCUGACAUAAGAUUGCUGGAAGAGCUGGCCGCGGUAGCUCAUGCCUGUAAUGUCAGCACUUAGAAGGCUGAGACAAGAGACUGCCCCAAGUCCAAGACCAGCCUGGACUGCAGAGGGACCCUGUAGUCCUCAAAACAAAACAAACUGUGAAUGUUGCCUCUAGUCUUUGAGCUCACCAAAUGAGAAAUAUUAACACCUACACUCUGGACUUAACCUUGACACCAAAAACAUUUCACAGGUGAUGCCCUAGAUGUUAUCUAUGCCUAGAGGCUCUUCCUUAAUAAAAUCCUUUUGCAGGGCUUGGAAUGUGACUUAGCUGGGACAAUGGUCGCCUCACUUAUACAAAGCCUAGAGUUCAGUCUCAAGCUUUGCAUAAAACCAGGUCUGGUGGUGAACGCCUAUAAUACGCCAAGGAGGGUCAAGUUCAAGUUCAUCCUUGGCUACACAGUGAGUCCGAGACCAGCCUGAGCUUCAUAAAACCCUCUCUGAAAAUGCCAAAAAAUAAAAUAAAGUUUUGCAUGUUGGUGACUAUAAUAAAAAAAAUAUUAACUUUUCAGCGUGGUGAGUUCUAUAUAGGAAAUAUUUCCUCCAGAUUUUGCUUGAAAAUGCAAGUGUUCUCUCUCCAUCUGAAGUCUCUCUUGCAGCAUAACUCAAGGCUAAAAGAACUUAGGGGCAGGGGAAACAGCAGAGGGGGUGGGGGUGAGUGGGUACUUGUCAAGCAUGUGGGAAGCAGGGGCUUCACCUCCAGCUGCAUAGCAAACAAACCAGCUCAGAAUCUGAGGGGAACAGUAUUUGUUUCCUGGGACAACGAAGUACCAAGGACCUGGAGGGUUUGUGUCAGUAGUCACGUUUUUGUUUUUUUCAUAGCUCCAGAGACUAGAGUUUGUGGGCU